AUGAUUUCUGCUGAGCCCAGCAGAGAUCAGCUUUCUACAACGCCCAUCACCAAUUACUUUGCAAUCGCAAAGCUCCUCCAGGACAGGGAGGUGGGGACAGUCCCUGUGCCAUUGUGCUCAUUCUCUGUCGGAUACACAUCAUUUCAUCUUGCAUAUGACCCAUCCAUCAAAUCCAUUUCUGUUGAUGACACUGCUCUCAAGUUUGGCCUUCCUGACCUGCGACCAGCCAUUGCUGACUUUCUUGGUCACGAAGCUGCUCAUGGGCUGGAUUUUGUUCAUAUGAUUGGGGGGGCUAAAAGAGCUGGACCCACUGCUUCACUUCCAUUUGAAAAAAUCCAAGUCUGGUUCAAGCUUCAAUUGCAGGAUACCAAUUUUCAUGACAUUCAUAUCAUACGGCCUGCCCAAACCUUGAAUUGUUCACCACCUUCUGCUGUCUGGACAUGCAGCCGAUAUGAUCCGGUCAUUGUUAACAAUGAUGCGAGAUGCUCAUGGCCUACCGAUGGUCUUUGUGGGCACAUUGUCAGUGAAAUCUGGCUGAUUCUGCAUCCCAUUGGAAAAACUGGCACAAAUUGGUCAUGGAAGGACCGCUUCCUCACAUACGUAUAUUGCUUCGACAUUGUUUCACAGGGUGGACAUGAUUGUGAGCCGAGUACGCAACUGCACAUACUCAAAUGUGCAAAAUGUUCAAAUGGUACUUGGGUGGGUGAUGUCAUACCAAUUACACAGCUUAGGGCACCUGUCAACAUUGUCCCUCGCUUUGGUGCAAGCACAGACAAUCAUCUUACCCCAUAUAACAGUAUGGAGCAUGCUUCAGAAUUUUGGCUGAAUAAAUAUUGGGAUAAAAACACGUUCUUCCCUCUUUCCAUGUAG